AACAACACAAGUGAGACGCUCAGUCCCGCUCCUUCAACUCCUUCUCGUUCAUCCAGGCGCGCGCGACAUCGUGUCAAACCAUGAUAUAGAAUGCCGCCUCCCGCCGAUGAACGCAAAGAGAAGCAGGCCGCUGCCCAGCAGGCCGUAGACAUUUUGCACGAGAUCUCGACCAUCCUCAACUGCCAGCUCGACCGCCGGACGUUAUCGAUCUGCAUCUCAAUGAUUGAGAAUGGCGUGAACCCCGAAGCGCUUGCUACGGUUGUGAAGGAGCUGAGGAAAGAAGCUCAGGAGGUCGAGUUGGAUAUCAAGGCCAAGGAGACCAGUCAGAGGAGAAAGUGAACGACCAGCGGUGCAUUUGGAUGUUGGAGAAACUGUGAGCUGCCAGCGCAACUCAUCACAACCAGUCACUGGGCGCAGCGGUAACAUCGUGACGAAGAAUAAUCAGAUACUGGCAAGCUAAGCUGCCACCUUUAUGUAACGCCUCAUGACCAAAUGUUCAUCCUUGAGCGAAAAUUCCGUCGCCGUAUCACGCAUGUAACCACUCUGUCCCAGCCAAGCCAUACCAACGCCCAA